UAGGACUGAAUAAUCAUCCAACAUGAUGUGUGGUGGAUUUAAUUGUUUAAGGAAUACUCUGUGUGUGUUGAACAUUCUGUAUAUGCUGGUGAGUUUACUCCUCAUAGCAGUGGUAGGCUGGGGGAAAUGGUUUGGACUGGUCUCCAGUUUCCAAGUAGUUGGUGCCAUUGUUGGAGUGGGAGUAUUUAUGUUCUUUGUGGCUACACUGGGUCUCUAUGGAACUUUGAAGCAUCAUCAAGUCUAUUUGUUCUUUGUAUCCUUUAAAUUAACUAUUUACUAUACACUUACAUUUCAGUACAAUUAUCAGAAAACAUGUGAAUGAGUUUGGUUUUUAUAUGAGAGAGGUUUUUACCUUUACUGUUUACAGUACAUGUUCAUCCUUUUCGUGGUAUUUAUCAUACAAUUUUCAGUGUCCUGUGCAUGCCUGGCCAUCAAUAAAGAACAACAGGAACUGCUUCUGGAGAUUGGAUGGAAUAAAUCUGACUCCAUGCAUUUGGAGAGAACGCUGAACUGUUGUGAUUUUUCUGAGGUCAACUACAAUGAAGCAUGUGAAGCUGCAUGUUUUGAAAAGCAGCUGUGUGAUCCAUGUUCAGUGAUCAUUCAGAGGUAUGCUGAUGAUGCAUUGCGUUUUGUAGGUGGAACCAGUUUGUUCUUUAGUUUCACAGAGAUUCUGUGUCUAUGGCUAACAUACAGAUACAGGAAUCAAAAGGAUCCUCGUUUAAAUACUCGUGCAAGACCUUAACGACAAGAAAUACAGUUUUAAGCUUCUCACUGCUUUAACUACAGACAUACUUGCUAUCUUCAUAUACAUGAUGUUUAUAAAUAUGUAAAGUUUACUCCUAACGAUCCAGUUAACUGCAUAUUUACAACAGUAAAUGAUUGUGUGUGGUUAAGCAAAAUACUAGCUGUUUUUUUAAAAAGUUAUUUUUGUUUGCAUUUGAUAUAAGAUUGUAACAUGGUGUCUGCAGUGAUUAUCAAAAUGCCUACCUAGGGUUUUAAAAUAGGAUGUCUAACAAGCAUUUGGUCAGUUGUUUACAUAAAUUUGUUCCUUUACAUAACAGUCAUGUUUCUUUAGAAAACAUGAAGGUGGAACCAAUCAGCUAGCUGACAAACAUAAUUAAACAACUGUAACUGCUGGGUCAUUGAUAUGAUGUAUUUUUCCUAAAAAAAUGUUAAUUUACUGCAUUGUAAAGAUGCUUUUAUUAUAUAUAUAUAUAUAUGUGUGUGUAUUUUUUUUUUUUAUCACAAAUGUUAGUAAGAACUACAUUAUUAAAUUCUGAGCAGGUUCUUUAAAAGUAGUUAUGUUUCACAUUUAAAGUGAUGUCAAUAAUUUAGUGAUGUGACCCUCAUAAUACACGUCCUUUACACUGAUUCGUUUGCUGUAAAGGAACGUGUUAUUUUGAACUGUGAUGACUAAUUCUGUGGCAAAGCCACAUUACAUAAUUGGCAUCAAAAAUUCACCACCUACAUUUCAGGAGUAAUUCAAAACAAGAUUUCUUUAAACAACUACUUUUAAAAUAUUAGUUAACAGUUUUUUAAACCUUACUUUAACCUUACCUCAUUUCCCCAAGUGUUUCUGAAGGACUUGUAAACCUAAACCAAACAUUGAAAAAGAGGUUUUGUCUCCUUUCUCUCCAGGUACUCAUUAAUGAAUUUUUUUUUAAACUGAAAGUGUAAACUAGUAAUUUUCUUCUAGGUUUCAUAUGUCUUUAAACCUCUUACCUAAUCUCAUAUGUGACCUUUGCACAGGCUCACACCAACAGCAACCACGUGGUUGCACUCUGAACAGGAUAUAAACAGGAACUUCUAGAUCACUUGUUUGGAUAGUGCUGAACUACAACAGUGAGGUCAUACUCAACCAAACACAGAACUGCUAAACUUGUCUGCAAUGCGUACACAUGUUUAUAACACAGAGGAAAAGGUGACUACAGUAUGACCUAGUAGACUUUUAAAGAUAUAAAUUUUUAUAAUAUUACACUUUAUAAUAAUUAAAUUUUAAUAUUACACGAUGCACAGGUUGUCAGUCUUUGAAAAAGUUUCAAAAUAGUCAUACACAUCUUGGCCAAUGAUCACAUGUACAAUCUUGCACUUAACACUGGUAA